AGAAACUAGGCGUUUAUUUUGGUUUCGGACUGCAGUUAAACAAACUUAUGUUUGUUCCCUUGUCGUGUAAACGUACUUUGUUUGUUCCCAUGUAAAGGUAUUUUUUCCAGGUUAAAGAUGCCUGCUCAAAGUCAGCGUUGGGACACUUUGGAAGCGUUAAAGAACUCGACGAAAGGAAGACUGAAGUACAAUUCAGACAUGGUUCAGAAUUGUGAGGACAUUGUGUCAGGGUUUAACACACCACCCAGCCUUUCUCCCAUGUCUGGGAGGAUCUUAAAAAGGCUCAGUCCGCACUCCUUGUUGAAGCCUUGCUCGCUCGGUUCCUCUCCUCGUGACCCCAGCCCCGAUAUGGCGGAUGGCCCUGUCAUCUCUACUUCCACACCAUCCAGCCCCCUGUCAUGCCUCACUUCCCCACCACUGCCCCCUGCUCCUGAGGAUGAAGAACAGCAAAAGACCAGUGCUGAGGAACUGGAGCACAGUCUUGCCCCAAGCCGAAGUCCGCCCCCUACGAUCUCCCUGCUGUCUCCCAGGGCAACCCAGAUGGCUGGGUGCAUCUGCAUCUGCGAGGAGCAGCACCGCGCCAAGGCCAAGGUGGAGCUAAAUUUGAGGCAGGAGCUGAACGAGAAGAUGGUGGCAGCGGUGGCCAGCCGGGAGUCGGAGCAGCUGAAGCGGUUUGAGGAGUUCAUGGAGCUUAAGCAGAGACAGGAGGACCAGAGUCUGAGAGAUAUGAUGGAGAGAGAAACACAGGAAAGUAUCGGGCGCCAGGAAAAACUGAAAGAGGAGCACAGACACAGGAUGAAGAUCCUCAAUCUGCGUUUGCGGGAGGCAGAGCAACAGCGCCAGCGGGAGGCAGAACUUGAGCGGCAGCGGCAGGCAGAGGGCCGAGAGAGGCUGCGCAAUCUCAACGCCAUCCAGGAGGAGGUUCUACAGCUCAACCAGCUUCUAGAGCCUUCGACAUCCAGCCAGGCCACUCCUGGCCUAGACCUGGUCUCUUACUGCAUCCGGGGCAACCAGCUGUGCUCGCAGGUGUCAGAGGUGGUGCGCACUACAGCUGAGGGUGAGUUCCCCAGCGUGGAGGAUAUGGCUGUGGCAGAGCGUGUGCUGCAGGAUAUGAGGAUGCUUAUCCAGGACAUGCAGACCGAAGCCACCCAGGUACAGGAGAGGAGGAGGAAGCAGGACGAAGAGGAGGCACAACGCAGGCAGCAGGAACAGCUCCAGGCACAACAGGAAGAGCAGAAAAAGAGUGCAGCCAUUUCCACCAAAGAAAAAGCAAGGAAACAAGGGCUGCAGACGAAAGCAGAGAGCAUCACCCUCAAAUGGUACAAGGAGCUCCAGAACUCAGCUGAACAAUGCGCACAGGCAAUUGAAGAACUUAGUAAUGCGAAGGAUCCCCAGACUAAAAAGCUGAAAAUGGAACUUCAGAAGGCAGCUACCAUCCCCGUUAGCCAGAUAUCCAGUAUCUCAGGUUCCAAGCUGAAAGAGAUCUUCGACAAGAUUGACAAGCUGUUGUCUGGGAGAUCUGUUCAGUCAGCGGGCAGGUCUGUCUCAGCAUCCCAGCAUCCAAAGGGGUUGGAUUUUGUUGGUUACAAACUGGCAGAGAAGUUUGUGAAACAAGGCGAAGAGGAGGUUGCCUCACAUCACGAGGCAGCGUUCCCCAUUGCUGUGGUGGCCUCUGGGGUGUGGGAACUGCACCCCAAGGUAGGAGAUCUCAUCUUGGCCCAUCUGCACAAGAAGUGCCCAUACUCUGUUCCUUACUACCCAGCCAUGAAAGAUGGAACUUCUAUGGAGGACUACCACAGGAUUCUGGGAUACCGUGUGGAAGAAUCUGGAGUAGAGGCCCAGGACAGUUUCUUGAAAAGGAUGUCAGGGAUGAUCCGCCUCUACGCUGCCAUCAUACAGCUCCGAUGGCCCCACAGCAACAAGAAAGGGGCAAAUCCUCAUGGCCUCAGCAAUGGUUGGCGUUGGCUGGCGCAAAUGCUCAACAUGGAGCCUCUGGCAGAUGUCACGGCCACCCUGCUCUUUGACUUCCUGGAGGUGUGUGGUCAUGCUUUGAUGAAGCAGUACCAAGGCCAGUUUUGGAAGCUCAUUUUCCUCAUCAAGGAAGACUACUUUCACAGGAUUGAGGCUGUGUCCACCACAGGGCAGAUGGGAGCUGUGAUGAGACUGAAGCAGUUUCUGGAGGACUCUUUGAGGCGCAGGGAGAUCCCUCCACCCAAAGGUCAACUCAGCUCAUCCUUCUGGAGGUCUUGAGCUCGUGAAGGAACAACAGAAAAGGACCCAUAACAGAGGACUCAUCUCAGCUGCAGAAGUGACACAAUGGCUUUGCUUAGCUACUUGUCUGCUAUGGCAGGGAAUUUGCAUCCAGAAGACAAAUGCACUCAACUGGUGCAUGGAAUCCUGUGCUUGUUAGAGCUCUCAUGCUUUGUUUUUUAAGUGGGUGCAUUUGACAAGCAUGUGACAUCUUGAAAAUAUGUUCUCUUGUGUGAAAUGUAAUGUGAGUCAGCAUGUGCUUGUGGGGGGGGAAAUGAAUUUUUGAAUUUUACAUGCAGUAGUCUUAAGAUUAAAAAAAAUUUUUAAUCAACACUUUCAGAAACUGAUGAAGGGGACUGCAGUUUGGGUCUGGAAUAACAUGAACCAAGAGGAUGUCUAGUUUGAAAUAUGUUUGCAUUGCAUAUUAAGGAUUUGUGACAUGCCAUUAACUCUAAAUAGUUUUAUUUUAAAAAAAAUCAAUCCAGAUAUCAUGAAACACAAGAUUGUUUUAUACUGUUUCUUCUUACUUGAUGGAAUGUACAUUGUUUUGUCCUUUUCCUAUGUAAUAUAGUUAUUAUGAAAAAAUACUCUGCAAUAGACAUGUCCAUCUUUUAUAGUUUUGAGAAUUUAUUGCACUGGCCAUGGAGAAAUUUGAUUUAAGAUUUUGCUUUUAUUUUUUUUUUUUGAGUAAAGUUAGGCUGAGCUACACUUGUAUUUAAGUGCUGGAUAUAAAAAUUGACCAUCCACCUUAGGGUGGAACGUAAAGGACAGUCUUCUGUGUUACCAGCCGAUGAUGAUGAAUUGUUUUAAUAUGUAAUAGUAAAACCAAAGAGUGGAAGUCAUAUUCUGCUGCAACCUGUCAUUUUAUUGGCUUUGUAAAAUUUAAAACAAAAUUGCACAGUGAGGAAGUAUGGAAAGUGUCAUAUUAAAUUUCAAAAUCAAAUUUACCAUGCUGAGACUGCAGCUGAGGAAUUGUUGCUUGAUGUGAUCCCCAAAUGCAGAUGAUCAGCACUGUACCAGGUAGUCACCAUGUUAUGAUGGGGAUGAUCAGUGGUGUAAGUUGUGAUACCAGGGUAUCUUUUAAUAUAGAUAAUCAGUGCUGGACUCUGUUGGUUGGCAUAUCUUAAUGCAGAUGAUCAACGGACCCUGUUGCUUAACACAAGCCAUGUGACCCAGGGCAUCACAAUGUAGGUGAACAGAAUCACAUAUUUUAACCAACAUGCAGUGCUUUGACUUCAGUAAACA